AUGAAUGAUGUGAAACUUGCUGUCUUGGGUGGUGAAGGAACGGGCAAAUCUGGUAAGUGGUGUUGUUUUCUGUGGCAUAGUGUAGAGUACAUAAAGAUAUAUGCAUAUUUUUCAGAAUCUAUCUAUAAAAAGCAUUUGUAUUUGGAAGGGAAACAAUUGAAUCUAGAAAUAUACGACUCUUGUUCUCAGCCACAGAAAGCAAAAUUUUCCCUCACAAGUGAGCUGCAUUGGGCAGAUGGGUUUAUUAUUGUGUAUGACAUCAGUGACAGGUCUUCGUUUGCUUUUGCAAAAGCACUAAUCUACAGAAUUCGGGAGCCACAGACUAGUCAUUGUAAAAGAGCUGUGGAAUCAGCUGUGCUUUUGGUGGGUAACAAGCAAGAUCUCUGUCAUGUGCGAGAGGUUGGCUGGGAAGAAGGGCAAAAACUGGCAUUGGAUAACCGGUGCCAAUUCUGUGAACUGUCUGCAGCAGAGCAAUCUCUGGAGGUGGAAAUGAUGUUUAUCAGAAUUAUCAAGGGCAUCCUGACAAACUUCAAACUCAAAGAAAAGAGAAGACCCAGUGGAUCUAAAUCCAUGGCCAAACUGAUCAAUAAUGUAUUUGGAAAGAGAAGGAAAUCUGUUUAA